UAUGACUUGUCCGUUUCUCUCAUCUCGCAGCUCCCAUCUCAUCUCUCUUCAUAUCCACCCCUGCUGCUCGUGGUGCGCGUUUGCGUUUGCGUUGUCUCCCGGAUUCUCAUCCCUUGCAGUAGCGCGCAGGUGUCACUUGUGCUCCGUCUGGCACCAUGGCCGCCCCCGCUGAUAAGGUUGGAGAUGUGGAAGAGAAGAAGGCUCCGGCCGCGGCGGGUGCUGAGGAGAAAGCUGCGGGCGCAUCGGGCGCUGGAGUCGGUGGCGAGGAGGGAGGAGCCAACCCAUUCGAUUUUUCAGCCAUGUCUGGGCUGUUGAACGAUCCCAGCAUCAAGGAGAUGGCGGAGCAGAUCGCUAAAGAUCCCGCAUUCACCCAGAUGGCCCAGCAGCUGCAGAGCAGCGUGCAGAGUGCUGGAAGCGGGGGGGCUCCCCAGUUGGACCCGAACCAGUACAUCAACGCGAUGCAACAAGUGAUGCAAAAUCCUCAGUUCAUGACCAUGGCAGAACGGCUCGGCAACGCCCUGAUGCAGGACCCCGCAAUGUCGGGCAUGCUGUCGAACCUGACGAACCCCGCGCACAAGGAGCAGCUGGAGCAGCGCAUGGCAGCGGUACGAGAGGAUCCGACCCUGAAGCCGGUGCUGGAGGAGAUCGAGACCGGCGGCCCUGCUGCGAUGAUGAAGUCAGUUGUGGGAUGUUACACCGGCGGAAUAAAGGGGGGCAGAGCUAGAGGAGGGAGGCAUCUUGGGUGUCGAUUCUGGGUGGUUGAUGGUGGCAGGGAGCAAGAGUGGGUUGGGCGAAGGGCGCUGGUGUGGUUAUGUCGUGGGGUGUGUGCGAUGAAGGUCGGGAGGAGUGACGGAUUGUUUUUGGUGGUGGGAAUGUGUGGGCAGGGUCUGAAAAUUCUUCUACGAGACGGUGCAGACAAGGACGAGAAGGAUGCGGAGGGCAGGACUGCGUUGCACUUCGCGUGCGGUUAUGGAGAGGUGCGCACAUUUAUGCCAACCCCGCUGCGUUUGUUGUUGUUGCUGCUGCUGUUUAGGUGGGGGAGGGGAGGGCACCUCCGGAUGCUGAGAAGUGGCGUGCAGGCCCUCCUGGAAGGAGGCGUGGGCGAGCGUUUUGUCACGGUCGCAUCCUGUGGCCCGUCCGCGCACUGUGUGUAUGUAUGUUUUCUUGAACAUCGGUUUAAGGCGUCACAAUCGAGAAUUUUCGUGAGGGUAUGGGUGAUUGAAGGGUAUGCCUUCAUAGAUGCCCCCCACUUCACUAGUCCACAUCAUCCAAAAUCUUCAUUUUUACGUGUAAGGGCAGGCUGGAGAGAGCACAUAGUCGACAUGCGAGCAAUAUUGUAA